AAACUAUGCAGCAUUUGACUGACAAGAGGAUGUAGUCUUUGCUGAGAGCAAUUUUUUUAACGUCCUCUUAGUCUUUAGCAGUAUUUAAGUAGAUGAAUGGAGGGAGUGAGAGAGAGAGGAUUUACACUAGUUUGCAGUAGUUUGGUUAUUUUUGCCUGUUUCUUCUGCAACUUUUGUUUUCUGGGAAAAAAAAAACCAAAAAACCCUCUGCCGUUCAUCCGAUUUACUGAAUAUACUAUCUCAAAUUGAUUUUCUGGCUUAUGAAGAAGUACACUAACAGACUGAGAAGCAUGGCUUGUCAAGGUGAUGACUACUUAGAUUCCCUUCCACUGCCAGUUCAGCGCAUGCACUUAAUUCAGGUGGAUUCUGUACAGCGUUGGAUGGAGGACUUGAAGUUGAUGACGGAUUGUGAAUGUAUGUGUAUUCUUCAGUCCAAACCAAUCAGCACGGAGGAAGAUGCACAGAGUGAACUUAUCCUUUCAUCACAACAUAGUGCAUAUGAUAACUUGCAGUUAUUGUUAAAAAGAGCAUGGAUCAUAAGCACGGAGUUGACCAGGAUUGCUCAAAAACUAGAGAAGAACAGAUGGCAGAGAGUUCACAGCAUGACAGUAAGAGUCAAUUGUCACGUACAUUCAAUGAUAAAUGAAUAUAAUACCGUCACUAGAAAUUCCUCAGAAGAAAUGCACCAGUUUGAAAAACUUUUAAUUGAAAAAUGUUCAGAAUUUACAACAGUCACGGAAAGGUGCAUACAAACUGAAGACGAACGGACAUUACAGUCCAUGAAAUCUUGUAUUAAUGAAACAUUAAUCACAGUCGCACAGUAUUUCGGCCAGUUGAUAGAAUUGGCCUUAACAUAUGAGAUACAGAAUCUUGUGAGACAAAUAAAUUCAUCAGAUAAUAUAUAUAUCACAGAAUCAUCUACCAUUGGUUUAUUCAGCCUUACCCAAGAGGGUGCUCAAUUGUGCCGCAUCAUAGCUAAGGAAGGAGGUGUUGUUGCUCUCUUUAAGAUCUGCCGCCAGGAUUGUUUCAGGUGCCUUUAUCCCCAGACUCUCAGAACACUGGCAUCCAUAUGCUGUGUGGAGGAAGGGAUUCACCAGCUGGAAAAGGUUGACGGGAUAUUGUGCUUGGCUGACAUUCUCACAGAUAGUACCCAUUCUGAAGCCACUCGUGCAGAAGCAGCAGCAGUAAUAGCACAAAUCACAUCUCCACAUCUCACUUUCACUCAGCAUCUCAGCAGCUUUCUGGAAAAUAUGGAGGAAAUUGUCACAGCACUUGUCAAAUUGUGCCAAGAGGCCUCAACUGGUGAAGUUUUCCUUCUGGCUUCAGCGGCACUUGCCAAUAUUACAUUUUUUGACACAAUGGCUUGUGAGAUGUUGCUUCACUUGAAUGCACUGAAAAUUCUUCUAGCAGCUUGCGCUGACAAGCAGAUAGUCGAUACUCCAUAUUCUCGAGAUCAGGUUGUGACAAUAUUAGCAAACAUGUCUGUGCUGGACCAGUGUGCUUCAGAAAUAAUUCAAGGAAAUGGUGUUCAGCUUUUAAUGGAAAUGCUCUUUGAAAGAUCAUCUUCUGGGAAUUCAGCAGAAGUCACUGCUUGUGAGCGAGUUCAGCAGAAAUCUGCAGUUACUCUGGCACGGCUCAGCCGAGAUCCUGAAGUGGCACAUGCAGCCAUAAAACUCAGCUGUAUUCCUCGCCUUAUAGAACUCUGCAGAUCACCCGCUGAAAGAAAUAACAGUGAUUCUGUUCUAGUGGCUUGUCUGGCAGCCUUACGAAGACUAGCAGUUAUGAGUCCCGAUGGCCUUGAGGAUUCAGAUUUCCAGCAGUUGGUAAAGCCUAGACUUGUGGAUUCCUUUUUGCUGUGCACAAAUAUGGAAGAGAGCUUUGUCUAAAUAACUAAAUAUAGCCUCCAAAAGCAAUCGAACUAACACACGCAGAAUGAUGUAGUUCUAACAAUAUUAUUGUUAUGAUUAAUUUAUUUAAAAACUAUUAAAGUCUGGUAUGUAGAGGAAAAGAAACAGAAAAAGCAAUCUUAUAUCAAUGGUUUGAGCAAGUAAUCCUUCCCCCUCCCCCUGUUUUUUCUUCAAUACGUAUGGACAUGUCAACAGAUCAGAAAAUUAUUAUUAUAACUGUUGUCAUUUUAGAUUUGGGGUCAGAUUUUCUUCUGGAUUACACUGGUGUGAUGAGAUUGCAUCAUGAUAACUAGGGAGAACUUCGUCCCUUGAUUUUAAAUGUUCUGACAUUUUAUCACUAUUUCUUUGUAAUUACAGUACUAUUAAGUUGUCCAAAAGAUUUAUUAGCUUAAUGCACUCAUGUCACAAAAAUUGAUUCUUAAAAAUGCAAAAAUAAACUUGAAUACAAUAGAAACAGUACCAUCUGGACACAAAAUUCUCAAGUCUCCAUUCAGGUAUGCUGAUUGCUGAUAUGUUGAAGAUCUGGUCCUAUUUUUUUUAUAAACAGAACUGUGGAAAUAUCUUCACAGGAUUAGAUACUGAAGGUACGCAAGAAAAUAGCCUCAUUUUCAAGGCUGAAUUUUGAGAUUUUUUGAGAGGUGAUAUAGGCUGUCUAAAAAUGUGGUCCUUCACAGGAUAUAUAGUUACAGGUAAUUUUUUUCUAUUUUAAUUACAUGAAAUUAAAAAAUCCUAGAAAAUGGUAGUUUGUAAAAAUAUGUAUAAAAAUAUACCUGAUUCUUUACAAAAUGUUAAAUAUCCACAAAUAACUUAGCAUGUCACACAAGGAAAAUGGAUUUGCAUUUCAUAGUUGUACAUGAAUUCCUGUUGUGCAUAAGCCCGACAUAUUUUUAGUGAUUCAAGCCAAUACUUGUUUGAAAGUAUGUGUGCAUAUAUUUUAAAAAACAGGUAAACAGAUUAUAACUCUGACUGAACCUUGAGUUAUUCUUUUUUCUUAGCUUGUCAUUUUUCUUUAAAAUGUAGGGUGGGAUUUUAAAAUUCACUCAAAGCUGGCAGAAGAAAAUUCCACUUGUAGAUGUUUACGUAGAGGGUAAAAUUGAUUGAAAAAUGGAAUUUUUUUCAUAAAAAAUGUUUGAACUUUGAAAUUUUUCAGUCAGCAAUGUCAUGGGAGUCUUUUUGCUUCUCCGUCUCUCUGGUAACUCAGGAAGAUUUGUGUUUUUGACAUUAUGUGGUUGUUUGCGAAUACUGCUCUGAAUAAUUUGUGGUAGGCAACUCUCUGGUGCUAGGAUCUCUGCCAAAAAAAAAAAGUAAAGAGAAACCCUACUUCCUGAAUUUACCUCACAGAAGGUUAUGAGGCUUAAUCCAUUAAUAUUUGUUUAGUGUUUUGAGAUUUGAAUGAAAGGCACUGUGAAAGUGCUAAAUUGUCAUCAUCUUCCCAGUUUUCAUGAAAGAUGCUUCCAUCUUUUAUCUUAUGUAUGACAAAGUCCAGCUCACUUCCAGAUAUGUAGGAGCGCAGAAGUUUCUUUGCUGACAUCUUCUUGGUGAUGUCUUAGGUCAACCAUGCAUUUAUCCUGGAUAAGGGUUAACAUGCCUUUUAUAAAUAUUAGCACACGUACAGUGAUCGCUGCUUUAAGCAAUCACUCAAAGUUCAGACAAAAAUCAGAUGCUUUACAGAGAUGCUUUUCUUAUAUGAGUGGAGAUUAAUUCUGCUUAGUAUAUCAUGACUAUUUUGAGGCGGCCCUUUAAGACGUGACCUUGCACUGUAAGGAUUGGUCUGUUGUAAAGGCUUCAUUGUAUUAUACCAGUGACUCUGACACUUUCCUCACUAAAAGCAAAUACUAUUUGAACUGACACAUUAAAUGGUGAAAUCAUCACUCCUGGUGUAAACCAUUUAACUUGAUAGCAACACAUAGGAUAGUAGAGUUUACUACAGGAAUCCUACUAAGAUGUUAUAAUUUAUCCUUAUAAUCCAAAAUUGCAUAGAAAGGGCCAAAUUCUGCUCUGUCCCAUUGUUGAAACCGCACUUCUUUGGCUCUGGCUAAUGUCAAUUACUCUGUAUUUGCAUUGGUGUAGCUAAUAGUAGAAUUUGUCCCAUAAUGUGUUCAAGUCAACAGCUGCAUUCAAAAAUGGAUAGGUACAAACUGCAUGUCAUUGUUCCGCUGACAUGUAAUAUCCAAGAAGGGACAGAAUUCACUGGUACAUCUUAUGCCUGUGUAAGGCCAAAGGGAUGUUUAUAUAAGCACCAAAAGUAGCUAUCAAUAAAAAUUAAGGAAAUCCAUUUCUCACGUGCACGGACACCACUUUGCGCUACUUUGUCAGUCUAACCUGGGUACAAGUGGAAUUUACAUUGCCAGAAUCACAUGAAGUAGAACUGAGUGAGUAACUGAUUUUUUUUUUGUCAUCACUAUUCUGAAAAUUUAAAAAAAAAUGGUUUCAGGUUGUCCUAACACAAAUUUUCCAAAAUUUUUGGUGAAUUGAGAAGUUAAAAAAAUAAAAUUUUGGUUCAGAUUGAACAAAAUGUUUUUUACCUAAAAGAAAAUUUGUUUUUAAUUUGAGCUUUCUAAAAUGUUUGUUUUUAAUGAAAUUGAAUUAAAUUUCAAAGCAAACUUGUUUUGAAUCGAAAAACUGAAACAUUUAAUUUCAAAGAUAUCAAAAAGAAAAAAAAUCCCCCCCCCCCCGAUUUUUUGUGUGUGACUGGAAUAAUUUGGUGAAUUCAACACAAAUUUGCCUCUGGGAGCCUGUAUGUCUACACUGAAGUUUUGUAGCCCUGCAGUCUGAGCCCUGCAAGUCCGAGUCAGCUGACAUGGGCCAGACGCAGGUAUUUUAUUGCAGUGUAGACAUACUCCCAGUAUCGCACAGGCAGAAGAGUGCUUUGGAGUACAUCCAACUCUUUGGAAGCGCAACUAGUCAGUAAGAGCUGAUCGAAGGAAUACAAACACUUCAGCGCUGACCCAGGGAGAGCAGAAAUAAUAGUAAAGGUGCAAUGGUGAACCAGGACAUGUUUAUAGUAGGGCAUAGUACAAAGGGAGAAAAUCCAUAGAAAAGCACAGCCAAAUAACCCUUUACACCAGCCACAUAUUGGAUCACAAGUAUCGUAUUGAUUCACAGUACAAACUUAGUCAACAGCCCUCAAGAUCUUGAACAGCAGAAAACAGGGCGGGGUGGAGGUGGGAAGAAGUGGGCGGGGGGGCAGGCCUGGGGCAGAGCUGGGUUUUGAGCACUCCUGGGGCCCGGAGGAAGCUGGUGCCUGUGGUUUUUACUAAAAGGUGGUCCAUUUUUUUGUUUUGUUUUUUAGAAACUAAACCCCCAAACAUUUGAAGACAAAACAAAAUGAAAACUAUCAUUUUCAAUUGUCAUUUAGGCACAAAAUGUUGUAUUGUUUUGUAUUUUUAGCUGAAAAGAAACAAAAUGGCAUUUUAAUUCUAAAUGAAAAUGUUUAAUUUAAGAACAUUGAUUCUAAAAAAACCCUUCUGUUUUGCCUUUCCAUGGGAAAAAAUCAAUGUUUUAAAUCAGAAUUGUAUGCAAUGUAGUUGUAGCCGUGUUGGUCUUGUCUCUCUUACCAACAGAAGUUGGUCCAGUAAAAGAUAUUAUCUCACCCAUCUUGGUUCUUAAAAAAGAAUUGAUGGUUUCCAAUGAAAAAUUUCAGUUUUAAUGAAACCAUAUUUCUUAACAGGAAAAUUUUGUGCACCAAAGUUGUUACCAGCUCUAAAAUAUAUGUAUUCAACCUCAUUGAAAUCAAGGAGCUGCAGCUGGGAACAUAGGGCAGAAUUUAGCUCAAUUACUUUGGAAUCUGAAAGCUAUGCUUGCUAAAAGAAAUUCUCCCUAUGUUUGCAUUUCUCAGAACUGUUUUUUAAAUUGUAUGUUUUUGAAAUGUUGGACAAAUGGGCAGUGAACUGCAAGCUCCUUUGUAAGUUGUUUAACAGACCUUAUGACUUUGGACUAUGAACUGAAUAUUUGUAUUGAAAAUCAUAUUUAGUUCAAGAAUUUACAGAUAUUUUGGCUCCAACAUUAUUCACAGAAUAAAAAUUUAUACUUCAAUGUAUUGUGUGUCUAUUACAUUAAACAUUA